UAUUACCUGCCGGACCGGCGCGGCUGCAGCCACUGCGCAGCGGCGGAGACCGAGCCACGCCACGGACUGCCACGCCGCGCCUCGCCAUGCCACACCGCCUGCUGCUCGUCGUGCUCGCAGGUGCGGCAUCGCUACUGCAGCCCAGCCGGUGGUCUGUGCACGCGAACAGCGACGCCAUCUGCCUGGAGGCGGCGCGCAACGCCACGCCGGACCCCGUAUGCGCCUCCAAUGGGCAGACCUUCCACAACUUCCUCGCCUACCGCUGCUACAUCCGCUUCUUCAAAGUCCGAGGCCUGAGCGCUCGGCGCGGCGCAUGCGCGGCUAACCCGGAGCCGGAGCACUGCGCGCUGGCGUUCGCCGUGUGGCGGCGCGUCUGCGGCAAGGACAACCGCACCUACUCCAGCGUCUGGGAGCUGCUCUGCCACGCCCAGACCACCGGCAUACCCAACAGCGUGCAGUACGAGGGUCCGUGCCGCGUGCGCUGCGCCGUCGGCCUCCACUUCGAGCCGGUGUGCGGUUCCGACGGCGCCACCUACCCCAACAUCGAGGCUCUCAAGUGCGCCGCCCUCAUGGACGGCAAUAUCACGAUAGCUGGGACCGGCGCAUGCGCAGACGAGGCGGGCGCCGUGGCGGCAGAGGAGUGUCGCGGCGGAGGUCCCGGCAGGGCGCAUGCGCAGCAGCCCAUCUGCGCCAACAACGGCGUCACCUACCCCAGCCUAGGCGCCCUGCUCUGUCUGCGACAGCACAAUCCCAGUCUGCGGAUCGUGCACGACGGGGCGUGCCAGCUGACCGACAUCCAUAUGCCGAGCAACGCGCGCACCGUCUGCUACCUGGCGGACAACCAGGCCAUCUACCUGCCCGUCUGCGGCACCGACGGCGUAACCUACCCCAACCCCUUCGUUCUGCAGUGCGCCAAGGAGAGGGAGCUCAUCCCCUGGCUUGUGGAAGUGCUUCACGAGGGUGCGUGUGACCGGCCCGUGGAGCGAGGCGAGGACCCGUGCGAGGCGGCGGACCGCCUGCCUGCGGUCAUCGACAGGCCGCUCUUCUGCGCCUCCGACGGGCGCACCUACUACAACGCCAAGGCGUACUCCUGCGCCGUACACCUGCGCGGCACCUGGUUCCCCUACAGCAUCACCAAGGUGGGCAUCCCGUGCGACUCCUCGGACCACCCGUGCGAGCGGCUGCGGCUGGUGCCAGAGGCGCUGCAGGCGGCGCCCGUCUGCGGCAGCGACGGACUCACCUACGGCAACCCUUUGGCGCUCAUGUGCGCCAUGACCACCGCCACCGAGGACCUGACUGCUGUGCACAAAGGAGUCUGCCUGCCGUCGGAUGAUGAGGACGCCGGAGAGGUGGAGCCAGGAGAAGGCGAAGACACAGAGGAGGGCAGCACCGGCAGCGGCAAUGAUGGCGGCGGCGACGAGCAGGAGGGGUCCGGCGCGCAGACACCGCCGGCGCCAGCGGCCGCCGCCAGCUAG